UCAGGCUUCGUGCCCCGUGAUGAUGGUGAUGAUGGUGAUGGUGGUGAUGGUGGUGAUGGUGACGGAGGUGGCAGCCGUGCCCAAACACAGGAGGUCCCCUAACGGUGCCGCAGUAGAAACGGUCCCCCUGCAGAUCGACGCCAGCACCGUGGUUCCCAGCAGGAACCUGAGGCCCCUGGGGAACGCAUCCAUCUCCCCCUGGAUCUACAACAACUCCACCGACAACACCCUCUUCCCCCACGUGCUGUACGAGGCCCGCUGCCUGUUGCGGGGCUGCCUGGACUCGGAGGGCCGCGAGGACCUGAGCCUGGAGUCCAGACCCAUCAUGCACCAGAUGAUGCUGCUGCGCCGGGUCCGGUCACCAGGGGGCGGUCACAGCUACCACUACCGCCUGGAGUUCCGCCUCAUCGCCGUGGGCUGCACCUGCGUCCGACCCGUGGUCCAGGUCCAGGAAUGAACCCGGACCAGCUUCAGGGGCCAGUUCAUGUUCUGAUUUUUGAAACUGACUCUUUGUUUGUGGUUUUAAUUUAAAGGGGCCGCGCAGAGCGUCUGUCUCCCCCUUGUGGCCGUGAGAUGUUUUAGAAUAUUUCGGAGUCGUUUUCCUUUCAGCUCCAAACAGAACAGGAGAAGCUACCGGACGCACACUGUUCACACUGUGGUUUAUUUAUGUUUUUUAUAUUAUUUAAAGAGGUUUUAUUUAAGUGUUUUCUGAUGCGCGGGUAUUUAUUGGAGGUGUCACUGUAACGUAUUUAUAGUCCAGAGGUUAACGCAAUAAAAACAAACCGAACAAAGAC